CACAUCAUCACGACGACAUAUCGAGUCUCUCUCCAAACCCUCAUCGAAUUUCAGGCCCAGAAGAGCUCUAGCAUACCCGCUCCCAAAUCUAUGAUGUCGGAAAAAUGCGCACUUGAUGAAGAGGCAAAGAUCGGUGAUGUCAGCGUCGCGAAAGAACACAAAACAUGCAACACCAACGAGGAUGAAGCACCACGUCCUACUCGAAUCAUCGGCGGUUGGGGUCUGGCUUGGGGAUGGCUGCUAUCGUGGUGCAUCGCCAUCAACUUCCUGCAUCUAGGUGUAGAGACCCCGAGCAACAUCGUUCCUGCUGUCCGCCGAAGUAAUCCUCCAACUCCCGUGAUCGACAACACCUAUUUUAUUGUUUUCUGUCUCGUCAUGAACUCCUGCAACGGCGUUGAUGAGCUUGUUCGGCACAUCAGGAAAGACCGGGACAUCGCGCCAACCCUCCUUCUCUGCGCUUUGAGUGCGGCUUGUUUUUCGUCUGCGGCUGGUGCGACGGCGCUUGAAGUGCUGAUGGUUUUUAUUCCGAUAGGGAUUAAUGCAGGUUUCACUGCACUUUACUUUAUACACCGUCCGAAAGUUUAUGGACCACACAAGACAUUAGAUAAGAUAUCGGACAUGGUAUAGGGUUAGUUAGCUCUGGUCGUCUGGGAAUGGAGGUCUCAAGUGCUGGGAAGCGCGACGCAACCUACGGGAAUGAUUUCUAUGUCGUGACGAGCGGACUCUGGGAAUUUAAGGGAAUUUGAUAUCUCCCGUAUUGUCAAAUCUUUUCUUUCUCCUCUUGUCAGACUUCUUUGCCUGUCUCUCUGAAACAAUGGGCUGGUCUUCACCGUCUUAGUCGGUCACAGAAUUAAACCUGUC